AUGGCCUGGUGGACAAAGCAGUUGGGAUUUAAUGUGUGGGAUGAGGACCUGGCUCUGGGUUUGGCCGACCUGGGCGCCAAGUGCAGAGGCCUCAGGCACGAGGAGACCAUUCGGCGCCAGAAGGAAGGCCUGGCCGAGCUCCGUGAGAGGAUCAAGCUGCUGGAGAAGGCGCAGGCUGCAACUUUUGCAAGCCAGGGGCUGGAGCCACUUGUGGUUCUGAAGAGAGAUUUGCCAGAGAAAACGGCGCAGAGAGCGGGAGUCGCGAAGGAGCAUCUGCCCUUGCCGAUGCCCCAAGGCAGUUCCAGCAAGUUUCCUAGCAGUUUUCCUAGCGAGUUUUUGCCCGGAGCAGCUGCGGAGCCCGCAAACGUGGCAGUGUCUGAUGCCCUAGACCUCAGUGAGAAGAUGUACCUUGAUUUAAUCCGUGCUCUGGGAGCACUGAUGAAUAUGAAAGAGCUGACAGGAAUGCAGUCGGUGAGACAUCUUCCUCAGGAGGAGAGGGAGAACAUGGGGCUGCAGAGACAGAAGGACCUACAGCUGCUCUACAAUAAGAUCUGUAAGCUCAAGAGCCGGCUGGAAAGAAAAGAAGAAAUGCUAAAAGAUUAUGAGUCCAGUGCUGAGCAGCUCAGGCUGGACCAAGUGUCCCUGCACGCGUGCCGGGAGGAGGUGACCAAGCUGGAGGAUGAAGUCUACAAGGAAGCAGAGGAGAACGCGCUGCUGAAGGAGGCCCUGGAGAGGACGCAGGUCCAGCUGAACCAGGAGAAAAGGCUGAACCGGGCGGUGAAGCUGCGCCAGAGCCUCAUCGAGGACAAGGAGAAGAGAAGCAAGAAGGAGCUUCCAGGGUGUGCCCAUUCCCAAAAAGGCCGAGUUGGGAAGGCUCACCUCGGCUCACAGAUCCGUGUGGGCCGACUGUAUCCGACGUGCCCAAUAGCCUGGAGCAGGAACGCAGUGUUUGCAUUAGUGCCCGAGUGCCUUAAGAAGCAGGAUCUGGAGCCAGAUUGGCCUGAUGUAUUAGCAGGGAAUUAUAAAGGGGAGCUGCUGGAUAACAAAUCUGAUUAA